AUGCUAUCCUUGCGGUUCCCAGUUCCUCUUCCUCCUAAGAACACUACUCUCUCUCAUUCCCAAAACAAACCCUUCUCUUCUUUUACCUCUGACUCUGCUCUUUCGAAAGAAACAAAGAAAUCUAUUCCCAAAUUUCACAUGUUGCUUGUGAAUUUGUCGCAACAAGUGGAAUUGCCCGCCGGUCUACGGCGCGAACUUAUGCCUAAACAUGUCGGCAACAUUCCGGAUGGCCACAGCAGGUGGGCCCGACAGAGGGGUUUGUCGGUGCAACAUGGUCAUAGUACCAUUGGCCGGCGACUUACGGAGCUCACUCGUCUCUGUGACAAAUGGGGAGUUCAAGUCUUUACUGUUUAUGGUGUUUCUACCGAAACUUUGAUUCGUCCCAAAGAAGAGCUUGAUUUUUUAGUGAGCAUGUUUGAAGAAUGGGUAAAAUCAAAUAUGGAGGAGUGGGCAAGGCAAAAUAUUCGGUUUUCUGUGAUCGGGAAUAAAUCGCCACUCCCUAGGUCUAUAGAGCAAGUAUUAUCUGAAGCAGAGGUGGCCUUGAAGGCAAAUUCAGGACUCCAUCUUAUGGUAGCGCUUGGUUAUGAUGGAAGAUAUGAGAUAAUGCAAGCUUCAAAAGCGUGUCUAGCAAAGUAA